UCAUGUCCCACAGGCCCCAAAGAAUUUCCUUUUCCUCUUCUUUGAGUCCUUUGUCAUCUGAGUCCAGCUUUCUCUAAAUCUCUGGCCACAGAUUCACAACCGCGUGGUGAAAAUUUGAUUCCAGUUGAACAGUAAUGGACUAAUGGAGUCACCACAGAAGUUAAAGUCUCUCCCAAAAGUACACAGUCCCUCUCCCCUCUCUCAGUCCCACACAGUCUCUCACAUUCUCUCCAAAUCUCAUUGUUUAGAGCUCAUAAUUUCAUUCACCCACUAACCGAAAUCACUUAAAUUAUACACCCCCAAAUUGAUUCUCUCACUCAUUUAUUCCGUGAACCCCACCAACCAUUUUUGUGUGUGCAACCAACACCUUCUUCUUCUUCUUCUUCUUCUUCUUCUCUUAGCUCAGCACAGAUCCCCUGUCCAAAACCCAUGAAAAAUCUUCUAUCUUUGUAAGGAAAUGAAACCCAGGACUCCAAAAGCUUCAGUCUUUCAACCCAGAACUCCAAAAGCUUCAGUCUUUCAUCUGUUUCUAGCUAACUGAGCUCAUUCUGGUUCUGGGUUUUGUGCUGCUAUGGAAACCAGCAAGGCGCAGAAGAAAAAGAAGUGGUUUUUACCACUGGUGCUGUCCCUGCUCCUAUCUACUUUCCUCAUCUUCAUCACUGUCUUCACUUCAAGCUCUUCUGCCUCAAGAUUGUACAAGGCCCAUGUGAGAAAUGACAUCCCACACUUUGUGGAGUCAAAGCUCAAGGUUUCGGAUACUAACAAGGACCCAGUACCCAGAUUGGCUUACUUGAUCUCCGGCUCAAUGGGGGACGGCGAGAGCUUGAAGAGGACACUCAAGGCUCUGUACCAUCCGAGGAACCAGUACGCUGUGCACUUGGACCUUGAAGCUUCGGCGGAGGAGAGGUUGGAGUUGGUUAGGUUUGUGAGGAAUGAGCCCAUGUUUGAGAAGCUGGGGAAUGUCAGAGUGGUUGUGAGGGCUAAUUUGGUGACCUACAGAGGGCCAACAAUGGUGACUAAUACGCUUCAUGCCGCGGCGAUUUUGUUGAAGGAAGGUGGAAAGUGGGAUUGGUUUAUUAAUUUGAGUGCUUCUGAUUAUCCUUUAGUGACCCAAGAUGAUAUGCUUCAUGUCUUGUCAUCCAUUCCGAGAACUCUCAACUUUAUAGAGCAUACCAGUGACAUCGGCUGGAAGGAGUAUCAGAGGGCAAAACCAGUUAUAAUUGACCCAGGGCUGUAUAGUGUACAAAAGUCCGAUGUAUUCUGGGUGACAGAGAAAAGGAGCGUUCCAAGUGCGUAUAAGCUGUUUACAGGUUCUGCUUGGAUGAUGCUCUCCCGUCCUUUUGUGGAAUACAUGGUAUGGGGGUGGGACAACCUCCCAAGGAUAGUCCUUAUGUAUUAUGCCAACUUUCUUUCUUCACCAGAAGGGUAUUUCCACACAGUCAUCUGUAAUGCUGAGGAGUUUCGAAACACUACUGUGAGCCAUGAUCUUCACUUCAUAUCAUGGGACAACCCCCCGAAACAACAUCCACAUUUCCUCACCGCUGAUGACUACCAGCGCAUGGUAGACAGUAAUGCACCCUUCGCCAGGAAAUUUGGCAGGAACGAGUCGGUUUUAAGCAAGAUCGACUCUGAGCUUUUAGGCUGCAAUGCUGAUGGGUAUGUACCAGGAGGAUGGCUCAGUACUGGAGCAAAUGCAAAUGCUACUCUUCCGGAUUACACAAUAAAAAAUGUGACCACUCUUAGGCCAGGUCCUGGUGCUGAAAGACUAAAACGUCUCAUCACUGGUUUGUUAUCUGCAGAGGAUUUUCAUGCGAAGCAAUGCACCUGACAUCCGAAGAGUCCAGAUAAACGAUUAUUCUAAUCCUGUACCUAGUAGGCAGCAGUGGCAGACUAUUGAUCUUAAUAAUGGUUGACAUGGCAGAUAGCAGGCUAUAGAAACGUAGUGGGGACGAGAAUUAUUACUUUCCCGGCAUAUAUUCAUUACCUCAUCUCAAUAUUGAGUACGAUAUUCUUGUAGUUCAAAAGGUAAAAGUGUACUGUAAUGUAUCAUUUAGUUUACAUAAUAAGAAGGGUUAUAAAAGCUUUGAUUAA